GGCCGCAGCGCUUCUACGGCGACCUGGACCUGCAGCCGCCGCCAGGAGUCAACCGCAGAAGCGGCCACAUCGGCCUGGGAAUGCGUCCGCCGCCACCGCCAGGCAGGACGCCCACCACGCUGAGGCCCUCCAGCACUCUGCCGCGGGAGCACCACGGCUGCAGCCUCUUCUCCGACACCGUGUGCGCCACAGUGGACCACUACCCUGAGGAGGCGAUCCUGGCCAGCAUGGACGCCGACAAGCACACCGUGGACGCGCUGCUCACUGACAAGGCGCCGCCCGGGGCGCGGUCCGUCGCCCUCCCCGAGAUGCAGAGGCGGCAGGACGACGACUACCCGCCGGGCUCCCCGCAGGACCUGGACGCGCAGGACGGCCAGGACGGCGCCGACGACACGCACUUGUGCGCCUCCGUCAUCAAGUACGCGCGGCCGCAGCGCGCGCGCGCCACCAGCGGCCAGUGGAAGUUCAUCGUCAACACGGCGGAACACACGCAGACGCUGCGCCUGGAGAAGUGCACGCGCCUCGACGAGCCCUGCAACUACAUGCCGGACAAGGUGCGGUCGCACUGCACGCAGGUGUACAACUACCACCGCCUGCUUACGUGGGACAAGGAGCAGGGGCUGCACAUCGACAUUUUCAAGGUGCCGACGUGCUGCUCGUGCCAGGUGCUCAAGUCGCCCUUCUUGACGUCCAACGCGCCCCCGAGGCGACCUGGAGGCUACGUGCCGCAGCACCUGCAGCAGCAGCAGCAACCCAUCGCCGACUUCUCGCAGCAGCACGAGACCGUCGUGGUGUCCGAGUCCGGGCGGCCAGUGCCGCCGCAGUACGCGCUCAAGCCCUUCAACCAGCAGGUGGACGAGUCUAGGCGGGAGCCCCUGCCCGCCAGCAAGCCAACGGGGUCCUCGAAGCCCACCUGGCCCUUCCGCAGGGCGGCCACGCGCCGCCCGCCCGUCCAGGGCCAGGGCCUCCACGGCCAGUACGGGCUGCAGACUCUGGAGGACAGCGCGGGGCCGGGCGAUCUGCUGCCGCAGUACCCGCCCCUGCAGGACCAGUACCCGCCCCUGGCCGGCCGGAGGACGGGGUCCACCCGCAACAGGACGAGGCUGUCGGACCCGGACGACCUGACCGCGGAGGGCACGGUGCGGCGCGCGGCGCCCGUCAUCCUGAACCCGGACGGCAGCGCGGUGCUGAACGCGGUGCGCGUGCCGGCGGCCAUCACGGCCACCAGCAAGCGGCCGCUGCCGCCGGUGCUGCCGCCGCGCCUGGAGACGUACCGGCCGCGAGCCACCACGGCGGCCGCCACGGCCAAGGCCACGGCCUCCACCACGCUGGCCCCCAUCAUCAUCCCCACCAGCACCGCGGCGCCGGGCGCGCCCAGCACGCCCACGCCCAAGAGGGUCAACUACAGCUACCACCCCAUCAUCGACUUCUUCCGGCCCCUGGAGAAGCAGAUUUUCCCUUUUAAUUUAUUACUGUUCUGUGAGGAGAUGGACGAGGUCGUCGUUGCCGAUCUCGCAUCUCCGAAAGUGUGCCGAUGUACAAAGUAA